AUGACAUUCAGUCAAUCAUUUGUAUGGGAAACCUUAUUCAGUAUCAUCUUGGGCAAUUGUAAAAAUUACUUUUUUUUUCUUUCUUUCUUGUUUUUCCCUGCAGAAUGUGUGGCAAAAACUGGAAUGAUUUUGCUUUGUGGAGAGAUCACAUCCCGGGCUAUAGUAGAUUACCAACAAAUAGUAAGAGAGACCCUUAAGAGGAUAGGGUAUGAUGACUCUUCUAAAGGAUUGGAUCAUAAGACUUGCACAGUUCUAGUGGCCUUAGAACAACAGUGUAAAGAGAUCAAGCACGCUGUCUCCCAUGGCAAGAGUGACGAUGACAUUGGAGCAGGGGAUCAGGGUUUGAUGUUUGGCUAUGCCACUGAUGAAACUGAGGAAUGUAUGCCCUUAACAAUCCUCCUGGCACAUAAGCUUACUGCAAGGAUAAAGGAUCUGGAACGAAAUGGAACAUGGCCCUGGGUUAGACCAGAUGGAAAAACACAGGUUUGUAAAGUAAAUGCAUGUGUAUUAGUUCACAAACUUUCACGAUGAAUAACUACAGAAGUU